AUGCUUAUUUUCGAAAUUCCAGCUAUUACUGUUGCUAUUGUGAUCUUUAUUCAUAUUGCUCUGAAUCGUGCAAAUCGUUCAAAAAUUAAAAAUCAUGGAUGGCUUAUCUUAAUCAUCGUCAAUUUGUUCCAGCUCCUAAUUGAUUUACCAAUGCCAAUGAGUUAUUAUUAUCUGGAAACAGUUUGGCCUGCAUUCUAUCAAUAUUGUAUAUGGUGGACAUGGUGUGAAUUUUCUGUAAAUGCUAUUGGAUUGUUUCUAAUGACAUGGAUUUCUAUUGAAAGACAUGUGAUUAUUUUUCAACCAAACACCAUACUUCAAAAGCCAUGGAAAAAAUGGAUGUUUCAUUUUAUACCACUUAUUCUUUGUUUGAUUUAUACACCAACACUUUAUUUUGUCUUAAUUGUCAUCAGUCCAUAUUGUAACACUUUAUGGGAUUUUAAUUAUAUUAGUUGUGGUUCUCCCUGUUAUUUUACGACAAACUUUCUUGGUCAUUUUCGAUCUGGCAACCCUGUUCCUGACUCCAAAAAGUAUGAAGUUAGACGAUGGAGAAUAGGAGAUAGUUAUGGAACAGUAGUAGCAGGUGGUCAUGGACAAGGUAAUGGUCUCGAUCAACUCAAUAGUCCUUGUUAUAUCUUUGUCGAUAAAGAUUAUUCAGUGUACAUAUCAGAUGAGAAGAAUCAUUGUGUGAUGAAGUGGACAAAAGGUGCAACAGAAGGAAUUAUCGUUGCUGGUGGUCAAGGUCAAGGAAAUGGUCUAGCUCAAUUGUCUUGUCCACGUGGAGUAAUUGCUGAUCAGUUAGGUACUGUCUAUGUGGCAGAUUGUGACAACAAUCGAGUAAUGUGCUGGUCAAAAGAGACUAAACAAGGUAUUAUAGUUGUUGGUGGAAAUAAUGAAGGAAAGCAAUCGAACCAACUCUCUUAUCCUCAAGAUUUAUCAUUUGAUCGACAAUACAAACUCUAUGUUGUUGAUUAUGGCAACCAUCGAAUACAACGAUUCAAUAUUGAUUCAAGUUUCAGUUAG